CCAAAACUUUAUUAUACAUAGCAGUAGGAAUUGUUAAAACGAAGAACUUCAAACUGGUGUUAACGAAACCUUAAACAGCACGAUAGAAUCUUUCGAAUUUCAGUGUCCAUUUCCUGCAAAGAUUGAUGCUUUACUGAAAUUGAAGACUUGGGUUUUGCAGCAAAGAGCUUAAUUCUUCAUGGUGAUCUCGAUUGAGGGGUUCUUUUCAUUGUGAUUCAUUUUCUCUGGUCAUCAAUGAAUUACAAUUCCGUCUUUUGAGGACUGCGGUGGUUUUGUUCCAAUGGCUAUGGUUAAUAAAACUCGAAAUAUGCUUGAGGGAUUGGUCAAGGAAGGAUCCUUUAGAUGGCUGACCAAAACACGUAGUGCAUAUGAUGAAGAGAUUGAGGAGAUGGGAAGAUCGCCGUCAGCUGGGAAGAACUGGUUACCAGAACUUUCUCCUGUGGCGAAUGUGGUGGUCCGUAGAUGCUCAAAAAUCCUUGGUGUUGCUAUGGAACAACUGAGAGAAAAUUUUGAGGAAGAAGCUUCUGAUGCGUUGAAGAUUCCAGCCAAGUAUGCGCGGAACUUUUUGGAAUACUGUUGCUUCAGGGCUCUUGCGUUGUCCACCCAAGUCACUGGAUACCUAGAAGACAAAAAAUUUCGGCGCCUUACAUUUGAUAUGAUGGUUGCCUGGGAAACCCCAGCGGCUUCCAGCCAACCUCUUCUUAACCAGAUGGAUGAGGAUGUUUCUGUAGCCUUGGAGGCUUUCUCCCGAAUAGCUCCAGCAGUUCCGAUCAUGGCUGAUGUAGUCGUUUGCGAUAACCUUUUUGAGGUGCUUACUGCAUCAACUGGUGGCAGACUGCAAUUUUCAGUCUAUGAUAAGUACCUAAGUGCACUAGAAAGGGCGAUAAGAAAAUUAAAGACUCAAUCUGAGUCCUCACUCCUCUCUAGUCAACGAUCUGCAAGAGGAGAGAAGAUACUGGAAGUGGAUGGGACAGUUACCAGCCAGCCAGUUCUUGAACAUGUUGGGAUUUCUACUUGGCCUGGUCGAUUAAUUCUGACCGAUCAUGCUCUCUACUUUGAAGCUCUUCGUGUUGUUUCCUAUGACAAGCCAAAAGCAUAUGAUUUAUCUGAUGAUUUAAAACAGGUUGUUAGACCUGAACUUACAGGUCCAUGGGGAACCCGGCUCUUUGACAAGGCAUUCUUGUACAAAUCAAUAUCUAUAUCAGAACCUGUUAUUAUGGAGCUUCCUGAGCUGAAAGGACACACACGCCGUGAUUACUGGCUUGCCAUCAUUCAAGAAGUUUUAUAUGCCCACAGAUUUAUCCACAAGUUCCAAAUCACUGGAAUUCAGCGAGAUGAAGCCCUUCUGAAAGCUAUAUUUGGAAUUUUGCGAGUACAGGCUUUGAAGGAUCUUAGCUUGACAGUCCCUCUGUCUUUUAAUUCUCUUCUUAUGUUCAACAUUUGCGAUGAGCUUCCUGGUGGAGAUCUCAUACUUGAAACACUCGCUGAAAUGUCAACCACACGGGAGCUAGAUCGAACUAACUCCCCUAGAUCUAAAGGCAGGAUGUACUCUGUUUCUGCUUCAGCCAUGGCCUCUACACUGGGGUUUAUGUUUGGCGCAAGUUCUAGCAUUGGUAGUUCAGCCGGUCUUCUUGUUGGUGAAAUCGCUGUUGGUGAAAUGACCCCAUUGGAGAAAGUAGUGGUGGAAUGUAGAAGUACCCACAAGAAAGUGGUGGAUGCACGGGCUAAAGUUGAUGGGGUUAAAGUUGAUGGAAUUGACACCAACUUGGCUGUGAUGAUGGAGCUGCUAUCUCCUCUGGUAGAAGUUGGAAAUUGGCUCCAAUCUCUAGCAUACUGGGAAUACCCGUGGAAAUCCAUAGCAUUCUGUUUGGCUUUCACAUUUAUCAUCUGGAGGGGUUGGCUUGGCUACACCUGUGCGCUACUACUAGUCUUUUUUGCUGUUUUUCUGGUCCUUACCCGGUGGUUCAACCAAGGCAGGUCUGUAGAUGAACUGAGGGUGACAGCUCCACCCGCAAAAAAUGCAGUGGAGCAGCUGUUGGCUGUUCAAACUGUAAUAUCACAAGCAGAAGAGGUAAUCCAGGAUGGGAAUAUUUGUCUUCUCAAGUUACGGGGCCUGCUUUUGGCCACUUUUCCUCAGGCAAGUGAGAAAUUGGCAGCUGCUUUACUUAUGAUGGCUUUGGUAGUAGCAUUCUUACCUGGUAAAUACAUUCUAUUGUUAGCCUUUUUGGAAACCUUUACUAGAUACUCGCCGAUCCGGAGAGCAAGCACAGAAAAAUGGACAAGAAGAUUUAGGGAAUGGUGGUUCAGCAUACCUGCUGCACCAGUACUUGUUGAAAGAUGUAAAGAAGACAAAAAGAAAAAGUGAUAUUGUAGUACUUUCUUGUACAGUUUAUUAUUAGUUUUUCUUUACCUUUGGAUUGGUACAAGUAUAGCAUGUAAAAAAUCUGUUUCAUAGAAGAUGUUAACUAGUGAGAAUAUAUCUCAAUUUUCAUUUGCGGGGAAGAAUCAAGAAUUUGUUUACAUUCUUAAAAAUUAAAAUCUUCCAUUGUAUUAUUGGCCCACCAGCUAGCACGUUCUGACCCACAGAUACCAAAUGUAAUAUGGCUCUCCUCUGAACUGGAAGGAUGAAAAUCAGGAACCUUUUUUGAUUAGUUUUUUUCAGUGUGUUUUUUUCCCCGGAAUUUUUAAUUAAUAUAUUUCAUCUAUUGUAAUAUAUUAGUUGUUCGCAGCAAUUAAUGGUGAUGUUUUACUAAAGCCUUGACCUACACAUCGAUCCAAGUUGGUUCAAGGUGUCUCCACCUUCAUCAUAUUCAUGGACAAGUCUUCCCCCAAGAAUUGAUCUUGGAAAUCUUAUCAUGGCUUCCUGUAAAAUCACCGAUGAAAUUCAAGCGUGUUUGCAAGUUAUUGCUAUCAAUGAUCACAGAUCCGUCGUUUGCGAAAACCUACCACGGUGGUUUCCGAGGCCUUGUUUUCUCCAAGAGAGGUUAAGAAAUACUGCUUCUUCCAUGUGAGCCUGGACAGUCCCUCCACCGAACUUCGUUAUCGCUUCCAAGUCGAUUGUGCGGGUCGAAAUUGGGUUCACACCCAAGUUGCGAAUGGCCUCGUGUGUUUUUGUUGUGAUGAUAUAAGGACGUGGUGGUAUAGUUAUAAUAUGCCACCGUUCCUGUUCAACAUUGCUACAGGUGAAAGAAUGAACCUCCCUGUGUCGACUACAAAAGUGUCUCAAAUUCAUGAGCUUUAUCGUUACUCUUUCGGGUUUGAUCCUUUGAAUAAAGUGUACAAGCUGCUUAGAAAUUCUACCAAUAUUUGGAACUCUUGCGAGAUUCUCACCAUUGGUAAGGACACAUCAUGGAGAGCCAUUGAUGAUCAUUAUCCGGUGUUGUGGUGGAAGUGAUAAAAACAAUUCUGGAUUUAUAUGGGCAAAUGAACCCUACUUCUACCUUCCAACUGAAAAUUUUGAAUUCCUCAGCUUUGAAGGUUUUCUUCCGGGUGGAAAGGCAUUGAUUACUGGCUAUGAUUUGGAGACCAACCCAUCAACCCUAUACUUGUAUGACCUGACCAAGAGAGAGUACGAAACGGUUUCGCUGCAUAUUCCACCAGAAUCCUCCUUUAUAUUUGAUGAUAGCAUGGAAUGUAGUGUAUUCUGCGACGAGGAGAAUAUUAUCUCGUUAAGGUGUUUGAUCUUCACCCGUCCGCCGCCUGAAUUGUUUAUGCAUUUAAGUUUGGCUAUAUUAUCUGAUUAUUUAUUGUUAAGUUCGAUUAUCACUUGGCUGGAGAAUUCGCCCUCUGUCUUUGUAUUAUGCCAAAUGCAUGUAAUAAAAGUUUCUAUAAUUUUG